GUGUCCCAGGAGUGAAGCCUGAGCGGUAUGAGGAGGGUUUGAAAGUCAAGCACUGCGCCCUCUCCCUGGUGGGUGAGCCAAUCAUGUAUCCUGAAAUCAACACCUUCAUCCGCCUCCUCCACUCCCACAAUAUCUCCAGUUUCCUGGUCACCAACGCACAGUUCCCACAGGAAAUCAGGACUCUGGUGCCGGUCACUCAGCUGUAUGUCAGUGUGGAUGCGAGCACUAAAGACAGCCUGAAGAAGAUCGACCGUCCACUGUUCAAAGACUUCUGGCCUCGCUUCCUGGACAGCCUCCGGGCGCUGGGGGAGAAGGUAGGCAGAGCUGGUUUU